AUGACAUCACAAAAACGGCUCGAACAAAAGCGGCAGAAUUUAGGAUCGCGAUUAACGUAUUUCGAAAAUUUAAUUGAAGAAAGAAGUUUAAGAGUAAUAGAACUAAGAAGACGUUACACACGUCUUACCAAACAAGUAGAUGAGUAUGAAUCAUUGCAUGAACAGUGUUGUAAUAACAGCGCUGGAGAGACAGGAGUCGACGAUCUAGACCAACUCAUAGAAAGAUACCACGUGAUCGGAGACAAAAUUGACUCGGGCGAUGCGGCCGCGGUUAGUAACGCGAAUGGUUCACAUGGAGACGACGGUGCUACAAAUACCCGCGAUCAGCAAAUACGAUUACGCCGAAUCGAGAUCCCGAAAUUCGACGGAGACAUCGGAAAGUGGAUCCAAUUCAAGGGGAGUUUUAUGACGCUGGUAGACGCGCGUACCGACAUGUCGGAUUUAGAAAAACAUAUAUACCUCCGCGAGUCUCUUACCGGUAGAGCGCUUCAAACGAUCGCGACAUAUUCAUCGACCGGGCAGAAUUAUAAGAAUGCGUGGGAAAUGUUAUUGAAAACUUUCGACCGGCAACGCAUACUCCUGGCACGGGCCAUUGACGCCUUCAUAGACACUCUACGGCCGAAAAGCAUGUCAAUAGAAGAGAUGACACGGCUUGCGGGUGACUUKCGGGCCCAUUCGGAUACUAUUACUUCUUUCAAUGUACCACACGCACUGAUGGUACGCCUUGGCGAACGCAUUUUACCCCGCGACCUUAGACAAGAAUGGGACAAACAGUUAGAUGCGGAUAAUUAUCCGACCAUGAAUCAGCUUUGCGACUUUGUAAACAAGUACACACUCUGUAGCGUCGCUUCGUCGAAUAUUCCAUCGACAUCGGGAAACGAGCCUCACGCAAAACGUAGACAUACUGAUACGAUGACUUUACGGCCACGAAACCGACAGGAGACGCAUAUAAAGCGCACGUUUCUUACUCAGACCUCGAAUAAGUGUAUUCUUUGCAAACGAGACAAACAUCUUUUAUACUAA